AUGGAUAACUCGGUUCUGGCCAACCUGGGGAAGUUCACCUUUGGCGGCAACGCGGUCUGCGAAAAAGAGUUCUUGGUGCAGCUCUUCGACCCGGACGCCAGGGGAGAGAUCAGAGUCACGCCGCCAAACCCUCAUGGUUUUGAGCCCCCCAAGGACAAUCCCGAGUUCAGACUCCACACGUGCGACCGACUACUUUCUUCUCCAAGAAUUCCAACUCCCUCCGGCCGGCUCCAUCCGGGCGUCGACCUAGUUUCAUACCGUCCUUCGAGAUUUCCUUCGCCUGGUGGGAAGGACGAGAAUCGAUAUGUAUUCAAGUACAAAUCCAAGAACCCUCAGGAACUCUGGAAUGAGAUCCAGAUGCUGGCGAGAUUCCCCAAACAUCCUCACAUAGCUUGGCUUGACCGGCUCGUCCUAGAUGAGAUGACUGGCUCCCAGGUGGUUGGCUUCACCAUGAGAUAUGCCGCCAACGGCUCCCUUGACAAGUCGAAGCCGCUGUUCAAGCUGAGGUGGCUGAAACAGCUGAUGCAGGUCAUCGAUGACUUGAAUCUCCAGCAUGGCAUCAUCCACCAGGACGUCCACGCUCGAAACCUCGUAACUGACCCCGCCACCGACUCAUAUUCCCAGUACAUGCUGCAAGACUUGAACGAGAACCACUUCAAGGACCCGGCCAAGUGGAUCAAGCGUCCAGACGUGGACCUCAACGACGACGUCGCGGAGUUCUACUUUGAGCUGAUGGCAUGGGUCCGCAGCCGCCGCGCCGCCAAGCCCAUGGCACACUAUACCGAGGCGCCCGAGCACAUCAGCUGGCCCAGUCCGCCCGAUCCUAGGCCGAGCUCAGGCGUGGUCGGUAGUCACCGCGCCCAAGAGCCGCCCUUCCUGAGCUGGAGGCGCCCACCCGCGUCCAAAGUUGAUCCGGCUCGUCGUCUGCUUGCCACGGGGCGGUAUGCCGACCAAGAAGACGCUGCCCAGGCGGCCUGGAAAGCAGCCGCAACAGCCGCUGCAGCAGCAGCAGUGCCGGCGGCGGCGGUGGCGGGUCCACAAGAAGAGACUGACCAGUCUGGCGGUGCUUCCCAACCUGCCAACAAUGCCUCCCGCAAGGCAUCCCCAGCCGCCGGCAGAGGGCUGGCAUCUGAGAACAGCAGCAUUGGCCGUGGCUUGCGAAGUCCACGGUCGCCACGCCAGGGCAAGGUCGCAAAACGGAAGCAGCAGGAGGAUAAUGGAGAUGCUAUUAGUUCGGCCAAUGUACCGGCAAAGAAGCGUACGGCAACGCGCUUGGAGGCUGCUUUGGUGGCAAACUGA